GGCUGGACGGACUACAUUCCAGCGAAAUAAUCUCGCGGGAUUCUUCCACGGAAAUAUCGCGCGGUUUCCUGCUGUUUUGUAUAUGUGUGGCAGUCAGAGUUAAGGCAAGUCUGGGAAGGUGGAGACUUCGGGAUAACUUCCACAGUUAUUUUCAUAUUUAAAAAGAAAUAGUUGUACCUCGCGUACGCCUGUGAGGCUCAACGUAAGGUGACGACGAAUGGGUCCACGUUGCGAUUAACAAGUUUGUAACGGAAAUAACUCCUUUAGAAAUCACACAGGAGCGCACAAGUAGCUAGCUAGCUUGGAAGCUAUAUUGGACAUAGCUAGCUAGCUGGCUAGCUAACAGGCAUCAGAAAGCAAGAAGGUCCUGCAGUGAAGGACAGUAUGGUGGAAGUCGUUGUGGAGUAUGAAUACGACGCGCUCCACGAAGACGAGCUCACCCUGCGGCUCGGAGAUGUGAUCAGGAACGUCAGGCGGAUCGAGGAGGAGGGAUGGAUGGAGGGAGACCUCAACGGCAAGAGAGGCCUUUUCCCCGACAACUUCGUAAAGGAGGUAAAGAAGGAGUCCAAAGAGGAGGUGAAGGACGAGGUGCAGCCGGUGCGGAGGGAGAGGACCGGGGGGAACGUGGCCAGCCUGGUCCAGCGCAUGAGCAACUACGGCUUUCCCGCAGGGGGCUUUCAGCCCCCGUCGCACCCCAGGACUUUCAAAAAGAAGGUGAAGAAGCGGCAGUGCAGGGUGCUCUUCGAGUACCUCCCGCAGAACGAGGACGAGCUGGAGCUGAAAGCGGGGGACGUCAUCGACAUCAACGAGGAGGUGGAGGAGGGCUGGUGGAGCGGCACCAUGAACGGCAAGUCCGGGCUCUUCCCGUCCAACUUCGUCAAGGAGCUGGACGCCAGCGGGGAUGACGAGGCCGCCGAAGAAGAAGAAGAAGAGGGCGGCGGCAAAGACGGCGCCCCCACCUCCCCGGGCGCCGGCAACGGAGUCAUAGCGCAGCCCAAAAAGGUCCGUGGCGUGGGCUUCGGUGACAUCUUCAGAGAAGGGUCCGUCAAGCUAAAGGUCCGGCUGUCCAGCACCGAGGGGGAGGAGAAGAAACCCGACAAACCAAUUCCAUCACUGCCAUCCUCUGCAAAGCCCGCCCAUUCCACCAUGACAGACUCAGAUAAGGUAGAGGGAGAAAGCAAAGCUAAAGUGAAAGAAUACUGCAAGGCCAUCUACCCCUUCGAUGCAUCGAAUGAAGAUGAAUUGAGCCUGAAAGAGGGGGACAUUAUCUGCGUAUUGAAUAAGGAAACAGGAGAGCCUGGUUGGUGGAGAGGAGAGGUCAAUGGAAAAGAAGGGGUCUUUCCUGACAACUUUGUGACUGCGAUUUCCGAGACAGACAAAGAGGCAGUAACAUCAAGAGGCUCAUUUAAAUCAUCUUCAAAGCUGGACUCUGAAGAGAAGCCCAAGAAGCCUCCGCCGCCUACGAAAAGCUUAGGGCCCAAGCCGGAGGUCCCCAGCGCUGACAAGAAGCCCACCUACCCCCGGCCGGAGGACAGAGUUGACAAGCCAGCGGUGGAUCUCAAACACAACAAGCCCGCCCCCAUCGUCCCGCCCAAGAAGCCUGUUCCUCUCCCAGGCAAGGGUGGCCUGCUCCGGCCCGGGAUCGUCCCCCCGAAAAGGCCAGACAAGCCGUCCUCAGGAGCCAAGACCAAUGGAGAGGUGCCCUUCGCUCGACCAAAGUCGGACUUCGAACCGACGUUACCCAGCAAACCAAAAACGCUGUCCGGUGACUGGGGGGAGAGAGCCAGUGACCUAGAUCUCAUGAGCUUCGACGAGCUCUCCUCUACCUCAGAAAAGCUGUCCCACCCGACCACCAGCAGACCAAAGAUGCCGGGGAGGAGGCUGCCUGCUCAGUUUGCCACAGGCCAGUCUCCCGUUAAGGAGACCGAUGUUGAAAAAAACCAGAGGCCGGAGGAGGAGGACGUUCCCAAGCCAAAGCCGUCAGACGUGAAAAAGCCAUCCCUGACCGUCAUCUCCUCGACCCCCUUGACCAAACCGAGCGCGGUCAGCGCCCCCGCGGUCGAGCUCAAGCCCAAAGCCAGCGGAGACGAGGACAAGGCGUCUGAGCUGGAGGAACUCAGGACUCAGAUGAGGGAGCUGCUGCAUACUGUAGAGUUAAUGAAGACGCAACAAAUGAGAGAAAUCAGUGACCUGAGGCAGGAGUUGGAUGAAGAGAGGUUGAAAAGAGUUUCCUUACAGGUGGAGAUAGAGAAACUAAAGAAGGCUGUCCAGGCCACAUGAGAGAGUCUGACUUCAAGGACAGCCAUGGAAAAACGUCCACCAUCGUCCUGCCCCCCCCCCCCCCCCCCCCCAAACCCCCUCCUCGAGCUUUGCAGGAAAAACCGGAUGAAAAUCUCACUCGUGUAAUUCUUUUAGUAAUAAUCGAUCUGUUCCACAUUUUGUUAGAUUUCGGUUCUUUUGCACAUAAGGUUUUCUAGCUAUAGAAAGGUGUAAUUAAAUACAGAUGUACAUGUUCUUUUUGUUUUCUUUUUCUUUUUUAUUGGAAUUAUAAUGUUUUUUUUUUUGCCAAUAUAAGUCAUUUUGAGGCCUUAUGUACUACUGUACUGGACCUGCAGUCUCCAUUCAUUGAAGAAUGCUUGAGGACUGCAUACAAUACUACUGAAUCGGUAUAAAGGGAUUGGGGAAUCUUUCUUUUUAUGACAUGCAGGUAGUUUUAUUUUUAAAAAUUGCAUUUAUGGUAUAACUGCAGUUAGAACUGUCCAUAUUAGCCUCUUCAAACCAUAUUGAUAAGAUAACCCACCCUUUGCUGUAGCGGUGAUAUACUCUAUUGCUAUAUCAAAAGGGAGAGAUGCUUUUGUUUUCUAACAUUCCUAUCCAGGGUAACACUAUUGUGCCUGUUUAAGUUUGAGAAAUGUUAAUAUUGGGAGAUUGUAUAUCAAAAAAAAAAAAAACUUAGUUACAGCAUGGUAUAUUUUUUACGGUCUACUGUUGUGCUUAUUAGUAGGAAAACAAUCUUUUGUUUCUGUUUUGUUUUUAUUACAGUCAUAUGAAAUGGAUCUUUCAGAAAACAGAUUUGAAUAUUGGUAUCAGUGUAUAUUAUCUAGGGCGUAUAUUCAGUUGUAAUACAAAUAUAGCGAGGCAGCCCUACUUGAAAUCAAUGGUUUAUGAAAUAAGCCUGUAUGUUUAUGGUCCACGGGAGAAAAAAGCAUAGCUUCUUUGAGGAGUGGGUUUCAGCCUGCACGGUUCCGGCUCAUUGGCUGCCGAACGUUCCGGAAGGUAACGCGACGUGACCUCAGCCGCCGUCGCAAAAGGUCACCUUUCCACGAGGUUCUGAGAAACAUCGCACCCAGCUGUGUGCUAUGGGGGCGGUGCCUGGCAACGGUUGAAUAAAUCUCAGUCAGGAAACGGUCUUAAUAUUUGGGUGGGAAAAAAUAAGUGCAACUUAUUACUAUGUAACUAGGAAAAUAUAUUAUUUCGCCUUGCGUUAGCAUCAGAUAGAGCCUCGGGCUUGCUGUCAAUUCCAUUUCGAUUUAGUCGGUUCAGGGGAUUCAUUGAAACUCUGUUCAUGUAGUGGAAAAAAAAUGCCCAUGGUGUUUUUUUAAAAAAAUAAAUGAAUUGAAUUUCAGUUAAUUAACUGAAUUGGAACGGAAAUGACCCAGCCCUGCGGAGCAUAGGAGGAAGGAUGAUGUGCAAGGGAAUGACGAUGGACGAUUUUAGCGAUGAGAACUACACAAAAAAACUAAAAUAACGUACUGUAAAUUAUGAACAACCAUUAUGUCUGUUGAGAUACUGUAACCAUGUGAGACGUGCGAGGCGAUGUGUGAGGGUGAGGAGUGAGUUCUGGGAAAUGCCAUCUGAUGCGUCGGCCUUAGAACAUACUUGAUUGACAGAUGGCUAUUUUUUUAUAGUUGGUCUAGAGAGAAUAUAUUGCCCAUAUUCAGUCUCUGCAGAAGAUCAGUACUUAUGGCCCAUAUUCAAAUAUGGCGGUAGAUCUGAACAUGUGACCCAAUGUCACGAUCUGGGCGCUUUUUGAAGUUCUCCCACUAUUCUGCCAUUUCAAUAAAAAAAACAAAUUUGUUAUGUAAUUGAUGGUAUAAUAAUUCAGGACAGAGCAUCAUAUUGGCUAGGUUGAAUCUGAGCCUGCAUCUCAUGAUCAAAUUAGCCGCCCCCCCCCCCCCAACACACACACACACACACACACACAAACACACCCAGCCAGUCUGUGAUGUAAAAGAUGAAUUUAUGGUUCUGUUUUUUUUUGUUUGGGAGAAUUGUGCUUCAAAAUCUUUUUUGCAUUUCCUACCACCCACUCCAAGCAUCUCAUACAUUUAUUGCUUUGACUCAUUUAUAUUUGUAAAAUAUAUGUUCAUUUUCCACAAAUGUCUUACGCACUUCCAGGAAGUUGAAUAUUGUUCAGAUAGGUACACUAGGAAGUGUACUUUGAUCAGGAGCUUUAUCUAAUCCACGAGAGAAUAAAUAUGUGAGACAUUCCUGAGGGACCAAUGCGUGUGUUGGUGGAGGGAUGAAAAGAUUUCGUGAGUGCGUCUUUACUCUUCUGGGGAAAAAAAAAUGUUGAGCCCCAAAGCAAUAAACAAAUUUACCGUUUCUCUUUGGAUGGUAUAUUACCCUGUCCACAUAAUUAGCCAGUUUUCUGCAGUGUUCACAGUGGUUUUGUAUGGAUGUAUAUUAAAAAUUCAGCAUGACGUCUAUGGGGGGGGGGGGGGGGCAUUGCAGGUGGGUGGGAUCGUUUCUGGAGUUUCUUGGUUUUUGGCUGUGUUUUGGGGGGCCUUCGGUUGAACACAUUCCAUUUUAUAAAACCAAGUUAGGAAAUCUACAGUACGCAUAUUUAACAUCUCUUCCCAAUGAUCUUGUUUACAUGUGCUGUAAAAUUGCAUGAACUGAGGUUUUUUUUUUUUUUUUUCAAAAAUGAAUAAAUAUCUGCUUUAUUUACA